GCAUUGGAUAUUUUAGUGUGGGCAACAUUUUGAAUAGCAAUGGCGGCCAAAAAUCAAUUUUGAAUUGAGUGUGACAGCUAAGUUAUUAAGUUGCGAACUUUGUGAAUUAUUGAAAUACGUAAAUAAAAAAAAAAUCUUUACUUUAUUACUUGGAGCGUAAUGAAACAUUGAUUUUUUUUCUUUUACUGAAGAUAAUAAGUGUGUUGGAAUCUUAUUAGUACAUUUUGUAUUUGUUUAGACUAUUGUGGUCGAUGAUGUAAGAAACUGAAGGUCUGUUUUUGUGUAUUGUUUUCUUGCGGAUUGUUUGGAAGUGCGAACCAUGGAGGGCGAAGAAAAUAUGGGGAAUGCUGAUAAAGAAGACUACGAAAGCAGUACUCACUCCACACCUCAAGAACAUAAAUCCUUUGCCGAAAUGGCGAAGGAUAAACUGGACAGUGCGGGACGGGAGCUGCGAAGACGACUGCCGAUGGCUGGACAACUUGGUGCACACUUAAUGCAUCCCAGGAGGCUCCUUUUGCACUCAACGCCAACGCAGCACACAGAUGUUGUCCUAAUAUUUCCCAAAAGUCUGCCAGACAGCAUGCUUCUGUGGCUACUGCAGAAGCUGAGGGGCAGUCGACCUCGUCUCCGAGUUUGUGUGCGUCAACACGCGACCACGCAGUGCUCAGCUUUCUACAUUACGGCUGAUGAUGACGUCCUCCUUCAGACAGCGGAAGAAGUACAUCUGCCCAAACUCCUGAAGCCAGAAUUUGGUGGCGGUUACAAGGAGUUCACUGUGCGAGAUAUGCAUUGCUUCCAAAAGGGUACUUCAGCAGCUGAACUCCUGAACUCCCAAGAGCGUGGAGCUUUAGUGAAGCAUGUGUUAGAAGCAGCAAGAGCGGAACCUGGUGAUGAGCACGCCUUGGAGCCAGCACUCACUCUACGGCCGGGGCAGAGCAUUGUGCCAGCCUGCGUCAGUAGAGGUGUGGUGGCUAGUAUGUUUCCACUGCACGACCGACAAGCCUUGGAGAGUCUUAGAAAGAAGUGGGUUAAGACAUUGUUCGCUCCCCAACCUUUAGAUGAAAUAAGUGAAUAUUUUGGUGUUAAGAUAGCUAUGUAUUUUGCGUGGCUCGGCCAUUAUACCCAGUCUUUGACGGUGCCUGCUGUUGUCGGUUUUAUAUUUUGGAUAUGGUUAGGUACAGCAAAUGAGAACUGGAAAGAUAUAGCUUACGUUUUAUUUUCACUGUUCAACGUAUUGUGGGCGUGUGUCUAUUUGGAAACAUGGAAAAGGUACUCAAAUGUGUUGGCAUACAAAUGGGGAACGUUGGACCAAAGAGACGAUUUGUUAGUGGAACCUCGGCCGUUAUUUCAGGGUGAGAUGGGUACCAGCCUAGUGACGGGUCGUCCAGAACCACAAUACGCGCCGUGGAGGAGACGAAUGUGGCGACACUGCGUCUCCUUUCCCGUGAUGGUGGUCUGUCUGUCUGUCGCCGCCGCUGCGACUACCGUAUUCCUGAGGGCGAUGGAUUGGUGGGAAACCAGAAUAGUUUAUUUCACGUGGAUUCCCCGCGCAUUUCUUGCAAUCAUUAUUGCUAUAGAAGAAGAACUAUACGCCAGAAUAGCUAGAUGGCUCAACGACAAAGAGAACUAUCGACUCGAGACAAAGUAUGAAAAUCAUCUGAUUGUGAAAAUAGCAUUGUUUCAAUUCGUGAACUCCUUCAUGAGCUUGUUCUAUAUCGCGUUCUAUCUUCAGGACAUGGAUAAACUAAAAGAGCAAUUAGCGGUUUUGUUGAUAACGAGGCAAUUGAUCGGCAAUCUAAAGGAGUCAGCCCUUCCUUAUUUAAUAGAGAAUCUGAGGUUGGCUAAGAUAUGUGUCGAUGUGUUCGGAGCAAUUAGCCCUAGCAAAGCGCCCACUUCAACUCAAUUAACGGAAUUAUUCGACAAGAAGACGGAUUCUUCGGGUGGGUCGCCUGAGAUCUCUCUCAUUAACGGUGGGACAGAAAAGGACGGAGAUAGACGGGACUCGGAACCCGUGGUUGGACAGAAGGUCAUUCAUCAAGCGGAACUGGAGUCGCAACUGUUCAAGUACGAAGGCACCUUCUGCGAAUACCUCGAAAUGCUGACUCAACUCGGCCACGUGGUUUUGUUUUCGUCCGCGUUUCCUUUGGCGGCCGUAUGUGCUUUACUCAAUAACGCGGCCGAAGUGAGAGCGGAUGCCUUCAAACUAUGCCACGUGGCCCAAAGACCUUUCGCUGAAAGAGUCAACACUAUUGGCAGCUGGCAACACGCCAUGGAAUGCAUGGUGGGGGUAGCGGUGCUUGUCAACUGCGCUCUCAUAGGGCUGUCGGGGCCGGUUCAUCGGCUUUUACCCGACGCCACUCCUGCGCAGACUGUUUUAGUCAUCGUGGCUUUAGAACAUGUGAUCUUGGUGACAGUCCUGGCACUUCGAAUGGCAAUACCCGAGAUUCCUGGUUGGUUAGCAACUGAAAUGGCCAAAGUGGAAUUCCAAAGGAGAGAAGCUAUAAAGAAUGCUCACGCGCCGCUAAUGUCGGAAUGCACGAGUCAAGACGACGUUCGUCCUCCAUCACGAAACACGGCUACUCCAACGACGCCCAAACAAAACGACAAACCUGAACGGAAGAAGAUCAAUAUCGGAAAGAUACCGGAAAUACCGCCAUUCAGUUAAUUUAUCACAAGUAUUGCCUGGAUGGGUGUGUAGUUGGUUAUUACGAAAAUGUACUCCAAACAUUACUUUUAUCUUACCUAUCUAAUAUAGAAUCACGUUGUGACUUUUCACUAUUCCCUUUUCGUAUUAACGAUAUGUUGUGCUUGCUAUUUCUUUAUAUUAGUUUUGUUUAAUUUUUGUGAUGCAUUAAAAUUAAUGGAUAUUUUGAGAAUAAAUUUCGUUUUAUCAAUGUUAUACUCACUGUACUUUUCUCAUUUGUUUAUUAAUAAAUUAUACUUUUGUUUGUAUU